ACCCUACCCUGAACCACGCGACAACUUGACGUCACGCGGCAACCGGACUGCUGGUGGGCGAGAGGAAUGGCGGCGCCAUUCAAGAACAUUAACGGCCGCGACAUCGUCUUCAGUCAAGAGCACCACUCUCCCCUCUGCCGCGAAUUUACUGUCAUCUCCCCGAAGCUAUCGCUGCGGUCUGUUCUCGGGUACACCGCUUUCAUCUGGCUCAUCGCCUAUUCCCUCUUCUACUGCACGCAGAACACUUCAGUGCUCUCAGCUACAAUUAUCAUCACUCUCCUUGGGAUGAUUCUGCAUCUUCAUUUUUGUAAAGUCGAUCAGGAAUCCAUGCUGAUUAUUGGAUCGAUUGGAGUCCAAAUGAACACUUUGUAUGCCUCGGGCAGAGAGCACGUGAACUUCAUUGAGAUGAAGAAAGUGAAGGAUAUUGUGAUCAAUGAAGGCUUUUAUAUGCAGCAGGUUAUCUACUACUUGUGUAUUCUACUGAUUGACCCAGAGAACCCUAGAGGAGUGUCUGAAGUGGUGCCAGUGUUCCAGAGUGCAAAACCACGCCUAGAUUGUCUGUCCCAAGUAUACAGAAGCUGUCAACAAAUCUUACAAAAGGCACAGGUUGAUCAGUAAACUUGUCGCAGUUGAAGGACAAUCUGUUUCAAGGUAGAGAUCCAGAUCAGGGAAGAUACUUUAAAAAUACCCUUUUAAAAUAGUUGCACCAAAGGACACUUGCAACCAUUUAGCUGCAAAGCUUUGAAAACUUGCCACAGCUUGCAAGAGGUGGGCCCAACAGCUACAAAGCACCAAGCCACUAUCCAUUGGCACUACUGAUGACUGCAGUGUUGAUGGGAUAUAUCUUGAAGAAUGUUUUCUUCCUUACUUUGAGAAUACUGCAAAACAUUGGAUGUAGAAUUGGUGAGAGUGUUACAGGCCAAAGGAUUUUUUUCCCCUAAGUUGUAGUAAUAAAGAAAAGCUUUCAUUCGUGAUCUAAGGAUGUGCCAGAACACUUUGCAGCCAAAGAAGUGCUUCUGGAAUGUAUCCACUGUUGAGUUUUACAGUGGAUCUCACACAGUGAUCUCUCACAAGGUGAUGUGUAAUGUUGGUUGAGAGUCAAAACAUUGACCGUACCAGAGAGAAGCUUCUUCAGGUCCUUGUUGAAAUACUAGCACAUGAUCAACUUAAGUGAUUAAAUAGGGUUUUAAUGUUUCAUUUGUUUCAUAGGGUUUUAGUGUUUCAUAAAUAGGCUGUGCAUUUGACACUGUAGCACCCCCUCCAUACUGAAGCAGAGGUCAGCAAACACUGUGUGCUCCAAAGUAAAGCUGCUAAAGAAUUUCUUUAUGGAAACUUGUGCCUAAUAUUCCAUCUUCUGAUAUCUAAUUGUUUGGUUUGUAUCAAACUAUUGUUUUAAUCAUUUGUUUGGUAAUGGAGGAGCGUCAUUUUAAAACAUUUUUUGGGUGGCAGUGGUGCAGUAGGUAUGCGAGCCUGCAUCACCAACCAUCCUACUUCAGUUCUCACCUCUGAUGCUGUCUUCCUACAGCUGCAUUGGUUUCUCUCGAGUACUCGUGUUUCCUCACACAUUGCAAAGGUGGGUUAAUUGGUCUCUGUAAAUUGCUCCUUAUUCCUGGUGUGGCAGGAGGAUCAGAGUUGAUGGGAAUUUGAGAGACAGUAGGUCACAUGGAAUAUGACGAAUGGAAUCACUCUGAAAGACAACAUAGACUGUAGGCUGUAUGGUUUAUAUUGUAAAGAAAUAUGGAAAAUGAAUUUAAGGCUGAUUCUGCAUGUAAUGGAAUAUUAGCUUGAGUGGGCCUUUGAGUGAUGAUUAAAGGCUAAUUAUGUUUAACAAG